UUCCUAAGAGAAAGGUACAAUCUCCAUCAGCAUUCACAUAUAGAAACAUAGUUUAUUUAAUUAUUAUACCUCAAAAUUUCAUUCCAGAUAUGGCUCUGAUCUUCUCCACUUGUUUAUUCAGUCUGCUCUCCAUCUUUCAAGGGAUUUCAGGGACUACAUUUACAGUUGUUAAUAAAUGUGACCACACAGUUUGGCCCGGUAUCCUUGGCAACACCCAGUUAGAUAGCACCGGAUUCGAGCUACCGUCAGGUGGGUCCAGAUCCUUGCAGGCACCGCCCGGUUGGUCAGGUAGAUUCUGGGGCAGAACAGGAUGCACAUCAGACCAAAAUACAGGUCAACUCACCUGCCAAACAGGUGCAAGCCCCCCAGCUACGUUAGCUGAGUUUACGAUCGGGUCAGGUACCCAGGAUUUCUACGACGUUAGUUUAGUUGACGGUUACAACUUGCCAAUGAUCGUGGAGCCAAGCGGUGGAUCAGGCACAUGCUUGUCAACAGGGUGUAUAAAUGAUGUGAACCGACAGUGCCCGACUGAGUUGCAGGUUGGGUCAGGUGAUGCCUGUAAGAGUGCAUGCGAGGCUUUUGAGACUCCACAGUAUUGCUGCAGCGGCGCAUACGCCACACCCAACACCUGUAAACCAUCUGUUUAUUCGGAGAUGUUCAAAGCAGCAUGCCCAAGAUCGUAUAGCUACGCGUAUGAUGAUGCUACGAGUACAUUUACAUGUACAGGAGCUGAUUAUGCGAUUACAUUCUGCCCUUCAUCUACAAGUAAAAAAUCAGCAACUAAUACGACCCCAACAACGCCAGGCACAACAGCAACGACGACGGGCACAACAGGGACGACAAGUACAACAUAUGGAUCUAUUACAGGGUCAGGAGAGGUCCCAACGGGAGACAAUACUUCCUGGUUACCAGAUUUUUUUAUGGGAGAGUCUUCUAGGACUCUUUCUCCUGCUGUUUUCCAUACCACAUUGUUGGCUUCAGCGAUUUCCUUUCUCUUCCUCUCUAGAUUUUAUUCAUAAUCUCCAUGCUCUCCAAACAUAAACCAACUUAUUUUAACAACUAAAGUUGAAAUUAAUUUGGGAUUCUUCUGGGGAUGCUGUUAAGUGUUGACGUCCAGAUUGAAAAGCCCAAUUUUCCAGGCCAUGUGUAUAGAAAACAAAAACUACAUUAAUUUUUUUUCUUUAUAACUUAGUUUUCGAAGAGUUGUACACCAAAAGCAACAAAUUAUAAAAGGGAAGAGCUUUAGUCAUUGUUUUUAAUUGAUCAAGAAGGCUUUUGAAGAAAGUGUUACUUUGCUGUGAAUCUGAGCAAUCCGACUGGAGUUUCUUGGUGGGUAGCUGAUAAAGGAAGCCAAAGGUUGCUGGAAUUACAAGCAUGGUAGUUUGAUGAUUUAUUUUAGCCGGAAUGAGUAUUGCACUUAUGGUGUCUUUGACAAGAGCCAUUCUUCCAUCAUUUCCUUUUAUCAAAUUUCCUUCUUUUUUUGCAAUUAUCUGUCUGCAACUAAGCAUGCAUAACUAAUUGAUUGAUCAAACAAACUUAGUGAUACUUGUAAUUUGUAAAAAUUGAUAAAGUUUUUAUUAGAAAAA